UAACUCGCUGUCAGUGAUGGCCGGCAUCAUUUGACAAGGCAGCAGGAGCUAACGUUAGCUUACUAGCAGGUGCUAGUUAGCAAAGAAAGUUCGCACAGGCCUGUUGUUACCCACGUACACAGGGUUAGGUUAACAUUAGCUGACGUUUCUAUCAACCAUUACAUGGUUGACUAACAGUAAUGGAUCAGUAGAUAGUUAUACGACUAGUUGGCAACCAUACAGUCAAGUCCGGAUAAGACAGCUAAAUGGCCACACCUUGCUUUUGAAUGAGAAGAAGCUAGGCCAACUGAACUAACUAACGUUAACUGAGCUGUAAGCUGAACAUCAUCAGCACUGAGUGUUUCAGUAGUUCAUAUGAUGUUGUGCCCAUUCAGCCCAGCGUUGUCAUCUGUUCCUGUUCGCAUCCAUCAAUGGUAAGAAACCACCCUGACUCCUGCUCGCCACUUGCUAUCCCAGGCGCAAGCAGUAGCCUCUGUCCCAGCAUGGAGGGCUCAGCCUCAGAGGCCCGUGCUGUAGGAGCGUCUGCCGGCAGCCAGGGCUCAGACCUCCGUACACAGCCGGCUGUCCAGGCCCCUCAGCCGCGUAAGAAGAAGCCAGAGGACUUCAGAUUUGGCAAGAUACUGGGAGAAGGCUCCUUCUCGACGGUUGUCCUGGCAAGAGAGCAGGUAACGGCAAAAGAAUAUGCAAUUAAGAUUUUAGAGAAGCGCCAUAUUAUGAAGGAGAACAAAGCCCAGUACGUGAAAAGAGAAAGGGAUUUGAUGUCAAAUCUAGAUCACCCAUUCUUCGUCAAGCUGUACUUCACAUUUCAAGAUGAUGAGAAGUUGUAUUUUGGUCUCAGCUACGCUAAGAAUGGAGAGCUCCUGAAAUACAUUCGCAAAAUUGGUUCUUUUGAUGAGACCUGUACUAGAUUCUACUCCGCUGAAAUAGUUUGCGCUCUAGAAUACUUACACAAUAAGGGGAUAAUACACAGAGAUCUGAAACCAGAGAAUAUUCUUCUGAGUGAAGAGAUGCACAUCCAGAUAACAGAUUUUGGGACGGCAAAACAGUUAUCAUCAGACAGUAAACAAGCGAGAGCAAACUCCUUUGUUGGAACAGCACAGUAUGUGUCUCCAGAGCUGCUAACGGAAAAAUCCGCCUGCAAGAGCUCUGACCUCUGGGCCUUGGGAUGUAUUAUCUAUCAGCUGGUGGCUGGUUUACCACCAUUCAGAGCUGGAAAUGAGUACUUAAUAUUCCAGAAGAUAAUAAAGCUGGAGUAUGAAUUCCCAGAGAAAUUCUUUCCCAAAGCCAAGGAUCUUGUCAAACAGCUUUUGUCACUGGACCCUUCGAAGCGGAUUGGGUGUGAAGAGAUGGGAGGGUACGACCCUUUGAGGCGGCACCCCUUCUUCGACAUUAUCUCCUGGAGUGACCUACACCUACAGACACCCCCCAAGCUCACCCCCUACCUGCCAGCCAUGUCUGAGGAUGAUGAGGACUGCUAUGGAAAUUACGAUGACCUCCUGAGCCAGUUCAGCAACAUGCAGGUGGCCCAGUCCAGCUCAUCACACUCCCUGUCACCACAUGAGUCCACGCCCCCGCAGAGGUCCAGCAGCAACAUUGAGCAGUACAUCCACGACCUGGACAAUAACUCUUUUGAGCUGGACCUGCAGUUCACUGAAGAAGAGAAGCAGCUAUUGCUGGACAAACAGACCAUUGGAAACCCAUGGCACCAGUUUGUGGAGAAUAACCUGAUCCUGAAGAUGGGCCCAGUGGAUAAACGAAAGGGUCUGUUUGCUAGACGGAGACAGCUGCUUCUUACUGAAGGACCACACCUGUACUACGUGGAUCCUGUAAACAAGGUCCUGAAAGGGGAGAUUCCUUGGUCCCUAGAGCUACGCCCUGAGGCCAAGAACUUCAAAACCUUCUUUGUUCAUACGCCUAACCGAACUUACUAUUUGAUGGACCCCAGCGGAAAUGCUGACAGAUGGUGCAAGAAGAUCCAGGAAGUGUGGAGAAAGAUCUAUCAAAAGCACCAAAACCCUGGCCUAUAGGAGCACGGUUCCUCAUGUGGCCACUCCUCUUUAGCUCUGAGGCCAAUCACUGAGCAGAGUAACACCCUCUUUAGUGCCCUUCAUCACCGCAAUGUAAACAAACUCUUAGAGACGCUGGCAUCUAGACCUUGUUUGUUUUCCUGAGUAGAACCAUGGGAGAAAUACAACUUUGGAUUCAGGGUUGCUUUGCUUGUUCUUUGUGCUCUCUGUGAGGCUUCUAUUGCAUUUUUCCAUGUAUGGAUGAUAAGACUGCCACCAUGCACAUCUGCUUUUUGUACAUUCUGCAGGGGGGAAGAAAAGGGCAAGCUUGUCCUUUUUAGAGUGACGCAAGCUUGGGUACCGCUAGGACUAUCUCAAAUGCAAGGACUGGUUUCCUGCUUCAAUGAUACCAUAACACAAAAUCUAGCUUUUGUGAAACAGAGCCUAUCCUGAUAUUUUAAUUAAACCAUAUCCUAAUCUUACAUCGUACGUGCAAGCUGUUGUCAGGCCCCACUUCUAGAGCAUAUACUCCAUAGUUGUAACCGAUACUGUAAGCUGAUUCAGUCUCACACGUUUAUCAAACUCAAAUCCUAUAUAUAUUUUUGUCUACGCCCAAAUGUUCCCACGGUAUUUGAGUUUUUUUAGUCUCUUGGUACUUGUUUAUUGAAGUUCAAUUAAGGUCUCAAUGUAACAAAGCAGAGUGCCAGUCUGCAGUGAGACAUGGGUCUGAAUCAGUCUCUGUAUAAGUGUGAGCCUUCCAUAGCUGUUACUGAGGAUGUAUAGCUAACGGGGUGGGUAAACAUGCCACUAGCUGGAACUUCCUAAUCAUAACUUGCUUAUCUUUCCUGCAUGGCCAGGUUUGUAGCUCAGCCUUGUCCGCUUCUCUCUCCCAGGGCACUGGAGAUAUAGUUUAUCAAGUUUAAAGGUGGGUAUUUUUGACUGCAUUGGCAACCAUAGCAAAUAUUAUUGGAUGAUUUGGCUGUUCUAUACCAUUCACUGGCUAUUUCUUUGUGGUGUGAAUUCUUCAAUUUCUUUUUCGGUAGGAUAGUCGGCUCAUCUUCAGUACGUCCUAUUGAAAACUAAAUCUUAUGUGCUGACCACCAUAUGCUGAACAGAAAACCUUCAUCAACAGUGAUACAUACACAUACUAUCAUUCUCUGAAGCAAUCACAGUAAAGCUGUUGUCCCUGGACGAAAUGGCAGAACUGCCUCAUCGGGUUCAUUGGCCCGUUUUUUUUUUUUUUUUUUUUUUUUUUUCCUUCAUUCUGACGUUUGGCCCAAUAGAAAUUAAAGCGAUUGAUUUAACUUGUGCUCUUCUUUUAGCAAUAUGUAUUAUCAUAAUGCUUUUAAUUUUUGACAUAUUACCUUAAGGUCCUUUCCAAAGGUCCUCUUCCUUCAGCUGAGUCUGUGUGUGCAGUGUGUGACUGGAGUAUAGGUGAAUAGGACCCUAAGACCCUGGGGCCCGGGGCUCGAUGUGGUUGGAUGUCAGUUAAAAGAUAUCUAUCUGAUCCAAAUAACCGAUGAAAUUGCUGUAUCUGUCUAUAAAGUUGAGGAAGCACUAGAGAAGUGUUUUCCUCUAGUGAGGAAAAUUGUUUGAAUCAAGUCGAUGGCAGUCGGUUACAUUGUGUAUGGAAUACUCUACCUGGCUUGUAACUGACUAGAACUGUGAUGUACAGAUGAUGUAUUAUUAAAAUCUGAAGCAAGUAAUGCAAUGAUAUUAGAAUACAGUUUUUGUAUUUUUAUUCUUGUAUAAGGUUAUUUGAUGGCUGUUGUUUAGCCUCCUAGUUCAUUCUGUGUUAUUUAAAUUCUAAUAUAUGAAUCAUAUUUGGAUUGAAGUCAUGUUCAGGGGCCAUGUUGUGUAUGUAUUGAGAUGUAAAGCCUUUGAAUGUGAAUAAUUAUUGUAAACUAUAAUAUUUUACAGCUUUUUUCUUACUAUAUCAUACAUUUUCUAUUUGCUCAGUGAUUUAAUCAUAUUCUGAUAAUUUAAUGAAUCUGUUCAUUCUCUCUCUGAUUAUUUGUGCGCUAGGUCAGUAGAUGUUGAAUGAUGAAUUUUCCACUUAAUGCUUGGUAGUCCAGUAAUUAAAGCAUGUAGGGAUUUAGGCAUACAAAUAAAGCCAUGUGUCCUGUCUUCUGUUACCGACCACAGUCAUGACACAGUGGAAGCAGAAGCAUUCAGUGGCAAUGGCAUCUCGCAUUUUGCAGCAUGUAAAUAAAGGACCGGCCCAUUAUCAGUGA